AUAUGUAUAUAACAUAAAAAAUCAAAUAAAGAUAUGUAUAUAACAUAAAAAAUCAAAUAAAGAUAUCAAUCAAGAAUAUGUUUGUAUCAUUUCUCUGGUAUUGAUGUCCAGUUGAUGUCUUGCUGUUCUUAAUGGUAUGUAUCCUCCAUAUGAUUAUGUAACCUAUUACUAUCCACUUGACUUUUAUUAUCCAUCCUACUGUGUAUACAUCCAGUUGAUCCUAUCGUUCAUCUAUGCCACUUGUACUGAUAUAUAUAUUGCAACUUACUUGUAUCCUCUUGAUAUAAUAUUACAACAACAGUUAGUAAGUCUUUGUGUAUGUAUAUUUCUUUUUCUUUUCUUUUUUGAUAUUACCUUUUAUAUUGUUCUUUCAUAUUCCAGUAAUAAGUGCGUGCAUUUUGUACAUUAUUGACUUGGCAUAGUAGGAUAUUCCCUUUUUGUUGUUAGGUAAUAUGAGUGACCUAAGAGUGGAAAAAAAAAGAAGAGUUAGUUGUAUAAAGGCAAAAUAAAUGUAGAGAAUUUAAAAAAAAGUUUGAACUCCUCUUUCUGAAUGGAUCAUAAGUCUUGAAGCAAGGAUCUUUCCUUUGUCAUGACGAAUCCUAGAAUAUGAAAAAGAGCAACGAUUUGCUUAUCGUUUUUCAUCACAUAUCAUCCACCAUCCGUCACAUGUAUCAGUAUCAU